GAACGCCACAGAGAUUGGGGGACCGCUCUGGAGUGUAGAAAGGGCGCUGAGGGGGAAAUACUCAAAUUCUCUUUACUUUUCUUGGAUGGGACUGGCACAGGCCCGUCAAUAUGUACGAAAAGAUCACUUGGAAACUGUGAAAACAAAGCUCCACAUUGGUUGAUAUUUGAGAGAAAGAACCCCAACCGGAUUACAGUUGGUGUCGGGGAAAGAAUCGACCAGUAAGUGACAUUACUCAGCAGUUUGGAGGCAGGGAAUAUAGCCUCAGUGGCUUGAAGAAGAGUGCCAGUGCGGAAUGUAUGUUGGCGGUCGCUCCUUGGGACCAAAGAGAGAACCUUAUACAGUACAUAAGUGGGUAGCCCAACUCCAGUGAGGGAGCAACUGCAUGCCGGUGGCCUGCCUAUGGUGAGGUGAGGCUGGCAAACUAGCAGAGAUGGAUGUGUUUGGUGGUGCCCCACGUUUCCUGGCCUACCCUCGCCCCGUAGUAGUGCAGAGUGGCACUGAUGCUGUCCUGAAGUGUCAGAUCGGCGGGGACCCCAGGCCAGCGGUCAUCUGGGAGCGAAACAACGAACAGAUCCACCCAGAGGGUCGCUACCGUCUCUUCGAAGAUGGAAAUGUCUACAAUCUCAUAAUUUCAUUGGUGACCACAGAGGAUAGCGGCCAGUACACAUGCAAGGCCAAGAACAGCAUCGGGGAAACAUAUGCCGCGGCGACCCUGAAGGUGGAGGGAGAGGCCCAAGAGAUGGAGCUCCGGGAGGAGAACAAGCCUCGUUUCCUGAUCAAGCCCCUCUCCACCCGGGUAGGCCGCGGCGAAGACGCCGUCUUCUCCUGUAAGCUGUGGGGAAACCCGCGGCCAGAGGUGGUCUGGGAAAAGGACGGGAGAAAACUCAAUGAGAUAUUUGAGAGUACACAUUUCAAUGUGGGCUACCAGGACGGGGGAUGGUUUCAGCUCAAAAUCUUCAAGACUCGUGCACCCGACGGUGGAGUGUACACAUGCAAGGCCAGAAAUGAGUUUGGAGAGGGGCUGGCUGGAGCCGUGUUGCUCGUCGAUGCAGGCCCGGGUCACGAGGAAGAAGGAAACCGUAACGGUUACACAAACGGCCACUGGAAAGGCCAUCAAAGCAAACAGAGGAGUGGUAGGCAGCUGACCACACGGCUCAAAGACGACCCAGUGACCAAUCAAGCCAAGCAAGUGAAAAUGUUUGCCGUGACAGAGGGCAAGCAUGCCAAAUUCCGCUGCUUUGUGACUGGGAAGCCCAAACCAGAAAUAAUAUGGAGGAAAGAUGGCAGGCUGAUCAUGUCCGGAAGACGAUACCUGUUAUAUGAAGACAGGGAGGGUUACUUCACACUUAAAGUGCUGUAUUGUAAGCAACAGGACAACGGGGUUUAUGUUUGCGCUGCAUCCAACACUGCAGGACAAACCCUCAGUGCUGUACAUCUCUCUGUGAAAGAGCCGCCUGUGCGGUUUAAGCAGCCCCUCAUUGAUCUGGAGGUGUGGGAACGGGACCUGGCUGUUCUGGAGUGUGAGGUUCCUGAGGACUCUGUUCCCAUCACAUGGUAUUUGGAGGACAGGCGGCUACAGCCAGGGGCCAAAUAUGGGAUGGAAGAGUGGGGAACAAAACGACGACUCACUAUUCGUGACAUCGGAGUCGACGACGAUGGGAUUUAUCUUUGCGAGAUGGCGGAUGGGGGGAGGAGUAUUGCUGAGGUGGCAGUUAAAGGCACAAUCAUGCGUAAGCUUCCACGUAAGGUGGAUGUUUUGGAGGGGGAAAAUGCUGCCUUCUGUGUUGAAGUGGAGGAGGAGGAAAUGGACAUACAUUGGUACAAAGAGGGGACGGAGCUGCGUGAGACUCAUCAGACCAUCCUGAAGUCCUUUGGAAGAACUCACAUUCUGGUUUUUGUCAACACAACGCCCCAGGAUUCUGGCCUUGUGACCUUCUUUGUGGGAAGAUCCAAAACCUCCUCUCAGCUGAGGGUAAAAGCGGCCAGGCAUAGCCCACCCAGCUGUCCAGUGGGUGUGCAAAUCAACACAGAGCGUGCCAAUGCUGCCCUCCUCUCCUGGGUUUCGGCUCAGGACACCCGGAAGAACCCACCAUCGGGUUACGUGUUGGAGAGGCAAGAGGUGGGAACCGGCUCUCAGGAGUGGCUGCAAUGCUUGACCACCGACUCGGCCACCUCAGUGGAGAUUCUUGGUGACAGCGUCCCCUGCGAGGCAGAUUAUCGUUUUCGCAUAUGCAGUGUCAACAAGUAUGGCAGGAGCAACAAUGUGGAGUUCCCAAGGGCAGUUCACCUGGUCCCUGUGACCAGAAUACAAGCCCCACUGCAGGAUGCCUUGGUGCCAGAAGGCCAGGAUGCCUGCUUCUCAAUUGAGCUCACUGCCUCAGUUAUUGGCUCAUGGUUCUUGAAUGGCACUCAGCUUCUGGAGGACGACCGUUACUCCAUGCGGCGGUCUCGAACGCACCAAUCCCUACGCAUACAAGGUGUACGAGACACCGACAACGGGGCUGAGAUCACAUUCAUUGCCUAUGGAAUACGAGAUUCAGCAGCACUCUAUAUUCAAGCUCCUCUAGUGAAGUUCACACCACUGUCAGAGAUGGAUCGUAAUAAAUUUGUUGAACUUGGCAACCCCAUUGUACUCUACUGCGAGUUGUCAGACCCCGCAGUUCCAGUACACUGGUACAAGAAUGGGGUGGAGGUACACACAGUCGAGGGUCUUCAUAUUCAGUCAGAAGGCACAAUGAGGAGAAUUGUCAUCCAAUCGUCAGAGUUCUCCCAUUCCGGAGUGUAUUGCUGUGAUGCCAUUGAUGAUGUCAUAAGGUUCAACGUGGAAGUUGAGGCACCUCCGGUGACGUUUGUUGAUAUCCCUGAGGAAGACCUCUUCAAAAGUGUUGUGGAACAAGAUCGUCUUGUUAUGUCCUGUGAGGUUUCCAGGGUUGACGCCAUUGUCCAGUGGUACAAAGAUGGGGUUGAAACACAGUCUAGUGACAACAUUGCUGUACAAGCAGAUUGCACUGUUAGGAUGCUGACCAUCCAGUCAGCUCAGCUGUCAGACUCUGGGACAUACACAUGUCGUGCCGGAGACAGAGCUUUAAUGUUCAAGGUUAACAUACGAGAGCCACCAGUGAUGAUUGUAUACCCUAAAGAAGAUGUCCACCUUGAUCGGCAUGUGCCGGAGGAGAUCAUUCUCAGCUGUGAACUCUCACGUCUAAAUGGUGUCGUAAACUGGUUCAAGGAUGGGCAAAAGUUGCAAGAAAGCGAAAACAUUAAACUUAAGAUUGAGGGCCCUUACAGGCGACUGAAGAUUCUUUGUAGUGGAGUCGAAGACUCUGGCGAAUAUGUCUGUGACACGGCUGAUGAUUCAAUAUUCUUUAAUCUCAGCAUAACAGAGCCUCCAGUACAAAUUAUAUCUCCAAGUCAGUCGCAAAUGGAGCUCUGCCAGCAAACAUCUGAGAGGAUGGUGUUGAGCUGUGAGAUCUCAAGGCCCAAUGCUGUGGUGCGCUGGUAUAGGGACGGGCUUGAGGUGGAGGAAAAUGACAACCUCAUCUUAGAGGUGGAUGGGGUCUACAGGAGACUCAUUAUACCUGAGACCACAGUCAAAGAUUCAGCCGAAUAUGUGUGCGAUACGGCUGAUGACAACAUGACGUUCUUUGUCAACAUUGCAGAUCCUCCUGUCCGUUUCGUACGCCCAAGAAAGAUGGCAAGUCGGGUCGAGAUGUUUGUUGGAGAUUCUUUGGUUCUUGACUGUGAGGUGUCCAGAUCAAAUGCCACUGUAAGCUGGAAGAAGAAUGGGGAGGAAAUGGAAGAGAGCAGCAAUGUCACCGUUAUUGAGGAUGGCGUCAUGCGGCAAUUAACCAUCCACUCCAUGACAUUGGAGGACGCUGGGCAAUAUGUCUGUGACGCCAAGGAUGAUGUGAUGGACUUCCAGGUCAAGAUCAAAGAGACACCUGUAAAGAUCCUGAGCAAAAAUGAUGUGAAUACUCAAAAGCAGUUCUUCGCAUCAGAUGACAUUGUCUUAGGGUGUGAGCUUUCAAGAGCCAACUGCAUGGUCGUCUGGUACAAAGACAACAAAAAAAUUGAUGACAAUGAGCGCUACUGUAGUGAGGAGCAGGGUGUUUUCCGUUCACUGGUGGUUUUAAAUGCUGAGAUCGACGACUCUGGAGAGUACACCUGUGAUGCCGGGGAUGAUAAGAUGGUGUUCUGUAUCACCGUGAAAGAACCCCCUGUGACCAUCAUUGGCAACUCGGGUAACCCAGAACAUCAUAGCCUGGUCGCAGGCGACAAACUCGUCUUGGAGUGUGAGAUAUCUUGUCCGAAUGCCACUGUCCAGUGGCUUUGGAAUGGAAAGUUACUGAGUUCAGACGCUCGCACUCACAUAGACAGUGAUGGUGCCACCAGGAAACUUGUUUUGUCAGGACUUCAGCCCUCGGACUCUGGAGAGUACAUAUUGGAUGCCAUCAAUGACAAAAUGGUAACCAUAGUUGAGGUCCAAGUGCCUCCACCUACUGUCGAGAUUAUCGCAGAGCUGCACAAUAUCACUGUACUGGAGGGGGAAGAUGCUACAUUUAAGUGUGUGGUUUCGCCAGAGGACACGCAGCUAGUGUGGAGCCUGAACGGCCGGCCUAUAGCUCCAAAUGAGAGGUUUGUCAUUUCAAGUAAUGGACUGUGCCACAUGCUGUGCAUUUACAACUGCCAGGUCUCAGACUGCGCCACGGUGACUGCCGAGGCAGAAGGGCUGGUGUCUGAAGCAAACCUCCAGGUUCAAGAACAACAAGUGUUGUUCACCAAAAACAUGGUGCCCGUUGUGGCUGAGCAAUUCGGGGAGGCUACCCUGGAGGUGGAGGUGGGUCUCGACUCUGGAGAGGUGCAAUGGAUGAGGCAGGGUGUAGUCAUCCACCCGGGGCCAAAGUUCACCCUGAAGCAAAAGUGCCGGCGACGGAGCCUCACCAUCCACAAGCUCGCCCUUUCUGACCGGGGCACCUACAGUUGCGAAACUCUCCACGACCGCACGCAAGCCCAACUCAUCGUGGAACCCAGAAAAAUUACAAUUCGGAGAGGACUCACUGACAUCCAAACCAUUCAACGUGAAACAGCAUCCUUCGAGGUGGAGCUGUCUCACAGCAAUGUAGAAGCCACUUGGCUAAAAGAUGGGAACCAGCUAAAGCCCAACAACCACUGGCGCAUGAGUGCCAAAGGGUGUGUCCACAGCCUCACCAUCUCCAACCUCACCUUGGACGACACAGGCACAUUUGUGUUAUCUGCGGAAAAUGUGAAAUCAUCUGCAAGGCUCAUUGUUAAAGAGCCACCAGUGACAGUCAUUAAAAAACUGGAGGACUUGCGCUUUCCAGAAGCAGCUAUGGCAUCAAUGGAUUGUGAGCUAUCAAGGCCUCAUGUUGAAGUGAAAUGGAUGAAGAAUGGGAUCGAGGUGAAACCACGCAAGGAUUUGCGUAUUUAUGCUAUGGGAAGAAAACACUACUUCCAAAUCCUGAAGUGUGAAGUCAGUGAUUCUGGCACAUACUCAUGUGACGCUGGAGACUCCAGUACAUCCUGCAAUAUAGCGGUCUACGAACGGGAGCUUGUGGUCCUGCAAGGCCUGGAGGACCUGGACAUACAGGAAGACCAGAAUGCUGUGUUUGUAGUUGAGAUCUCCCUGGAGGAUGUGCCUGGAGAGUGGUUCAAAAAUGGAGUGAGAAUUACACCAACCAGCACCAUCAAGAUCCGCCAGGAAGGGACCAAGCAUUUUCUUCUAAUGUGCAACGUGAGAGGAGAGGACUCCGGAGAGAUCAAGUUUGUCGCCAAACACGUGGAAUGCACAGCCUAUCUGGAGGUGGAGGAGCUUCCAUUGAACAUAACGAACCCUCUCCAGGACAAGGUAGCUCUUGAGAGGAGUCGUGCGAUCAUGGACUGCUCAGUAUCCAACCCUCGGUGCAGUAUCCGCUGGUACAAAGGCAGCAAUGUCAUCCUGCCCUCAGAGCGCUUUGAGAUCUGCAGUGAGGGCUGCUAUCGCAAGCUGGUCAUUCAACAGGUGGCACUGGACGAUGAGGGAACUUACAGUGUGCAGGUUGGAGAGCACACAUGCUCUGCGAAACUGACUGUAGAAGCCCAGUCUCUCCUGAUGGUGAGGGAACUGAAGAGCGUGGAGGUGGUUGCCCCGGAUGAGGCCUGCUUCGAGUGUGAGGUCUCGGUCCCCGUCCUCAAAGCCCCAGUGUGGAGCCUGAAGGGGGAGGCCCUGCAGCAGGGGCCCAAAGUCAGCCUAGAGAAGAUGGGCAUGGUCCACCGCCUCACCUUCCGACAGACCUCUGUUGACAUGAACGGCUUGGUGGAGUUCACAUCGGGAAAAGCCAAGAGCAGCGCCGAGCUCCACGUCAAGAGUGAUCCUUGACAGACGCAGUAUCGUCGUGAUGCAGUGUCAACAUCAGAAUGAGAUGGAUCGAUAUUUUAUUCACCAAUUUAUUUGUGUUCAUGUUUGUCAUGUGAAAUUGGAAUGUAUGGAAUAGAAUUGUAAGAUAUAUUCCUGUCUUUAAAAAGGGGGUGAAUAUUGUGUCAAAAUGAACAAUAAGUUAUUGAAAUAUUUUGUAUAAUUAUUUCCCAAUGCAGAUACCCCUAUUCACUUGAAACAAUGUCCUCUAAAGAGGCUCUUGAUAAAUAUCAACCAAAAUAAGUACAGAGUUGACUAAAUUGUCUCUCUGAAUAAGAGCAAGUAAUUCAUCCAUAAAAUGACAUGUAAUAUAAACAUUUUCUGUAAUAUUAAAAUGUGUUCUAAAGUCAAUCGUAAAAUACAGUUGGAGAAUGCAAUUGAUUACAGGCGUGGGACCGAAUCCUAACUUGAGAUCCAUGUUUGAGUGGCAUUUGCUUGCAAAUCUCACAUAGAUAUGAAUGCAUGCUUUAUGCAAAAGUCUGAGUUGUGCACUGGCAUCCUAUGUCAGAAUUUGGGCCAUAAUGGCUACUUAUAGCAAGUAUUGAGAAACUGUAAGUUGUUUAGAAGUGACGAAUCCUAACGAGCUACCAACUUUUUCACAUAAAUCUCCCUUUGACAUCAAUGCAUUUAUCUAUAACUUUGAGAUACACAUUUUUCUCAAGUUAGGAUUCAGUCCUAAGUUUAAAAAUGUUCUUAAAAGGUUCCAUUAGUUCUAUUUACUUUAAGUGUCCAUUUAGUCCGUCAAUCAAGCUGUUUGAGGAACAGCGCCGUUCUCGCUCUCAAAUUUCUUUAUCAUCAUUACUUAUAAUUGCAUAAUUUCAUUUGUAUUUUUCAUCACGUGUCCACUGUAUAGACAUUGUUUUUUACAUUUUGAAGUUUUUUUGUGGAGGCAGAAAUUCAAGCUACUAUGAAGAAUGGGUUCUGUCAAGUAGUAUUGGCUUGUAAUAUAAAUACAUUGGGCCAAAAUUGGUUAAUUUAGAAAGGUAAUUAAUAUUGAUCAUUUUAUUAGAUUAUAUUCAAGUUUAAAUGCAGAGUUACCUGAAUAAUAUAUAUUGUAUUGAAUAAUUAAUGAAUAUGGUUUUCAUAUGAAGUGAAGUCAGUUCCAUAUUCUUUUUUCUUUUCAAUUUAAUUUGUUUCCAACACCCCCCGCAAUGUAUUGAAUUGCUCCAUUAGUGUAUGCAGGAAUAAUUGUAAUGGGAUAUUACCUCUUUCAAUAAAUCAUGCUUUAUUAUGGUAAAG